AUGUCCACCGAGCACCCUGGUAUGCCCGCUAAACAGAACAAUGAGGAACCUCAGCAACCCGGCAUGCCCAAAGUCACGCCCCGUCAAACUCUCGCAGCUCUCGCAGACAUGAUUCCUCCCGCUGCCAACAUAUCAACAUUCAGCGAGCCACAUCCUGCCAAAGAUUGCUGCCAUGUUGCAGGCUUAAGACAACCCCUAAAUGGCAACUUGUCACUGCAUGAAGCUCUCGCCAAAGAUCACACCUUGCAAAGGCAAAUAAUGCCCCCACAUCGAAUCAAUAUUUCCGACAGAAACAGACUUCAAACUCUCCUUUCAGCAUUGCCUCCGCUCUUCAUCGAGAAGAUGCCAGUUCCAACUUGCUCGCCAUUAGAGAAGUUCGAGCUAUUUGAGCAGCUACCAAAAGAGAUCCGAAUUAUGAUAUACGCACGGAUGGUGGCAGAACCCAGAUGUGUCAAGCUUUUCGAAGGACAUACACCGGGUGAGCAGCACAUCCAUCCAUGGAAUUCGAAUGUCGACGGCCAAGCUCGGCAUCCUGCCAUUGUUCACGUUAGUCGCGAAGCUCGAGAAGAAGAGCCAGAUGAGACAUGGAGGGCAGAGGAGCCACGAUUGGUGGAGAGGAUGAUGCUGCAGGAUGAAGGUUCACGCAAUACAUACUUUAUCAAUUUCAAGCUGGACUACUUUGAUCAUGGAGAAUCGAAGCUGGGGUACCUAUCGUCAGGUCUGGUCACGGGCCACGGACCUGAAGACUUCAAUUUCUGUGUCGACGUUUUGGAGCAGGUUCAACACAUAAGACAGCGGCCAUGCUACAGACGCGCUUUGGAGGGUUUCAUGGCAAUUCGUCAUGCGACUAUUAGCACCGUCGUUAUGUUCAGACACAUCAUGUGGAAAGGCCUACAGCAGGUUACUCUAGUACAGGAGAAGCAGUCUACCUUAACUCGACAAGAUGGCCUUUGGUGGUCAGCAAAUCGACGAUAUCACGAAAGUACUGCCAGGGACUUGCUCCAAAGCGCUGCACCAUCAUCUUUAAUACCUGGUGGCUGGUCAACCCAAAGAAAGCAGAAGGCGAUGAAGGUUAUUGGUCCGUUGCGGUUUGAGAUCAACUUUAUCUACAGAUGGACAUCGCCGAGCAGAGAAGAUGUUGAUCGAUUCCCUUGCCCGGUUCGAUGUCAGGCGCCAGAGAUAAUUCCCUCGGAAAUUCACCAAAGAUGUGUUGAAAGGGACAGAGAAAUUCUCGCAGGCUGUGCUCAGGAAUAUUUGAUUCGAGGAGAUUGA